AUGGCCGAGUCGGCGUUCCUGCCCGAGCUGGGCACGCAGGUGGUGGUGCCCGUCGCGGCCGUCGUCGGCAUCGCCUUCGCGGUGCUGCAGUGGGUGCUCGUCUCCAAGGUGAAGAUCUCCCCCGAGCCGCGCCGCGCGGACGGCUCCUCCGCCGGGAAGAGCGGCGCCGGCGCCAGCGAGUACCUCAUCGAGGAGGAGGAGGGGCUCAACGAGCACAACGUCGUCGUCAAGUGCGCCGAGAUCCAGAACGCCAUCUCCGAAGGAGCAACUUCUUUCCUUUUCACUGAAUACAAGUAUGUGGGACUAUUCAUGGGCAUUUUUGCUGUCCUGAUCUUCCUCUUCCUUGGUUCUGUUGAGAGCUUCAGUACCAAGAGUCAGCCAUGCCACUACAGCAAGGGCAAGACGUGCAAGCCUGCCCUUGCCAAUGCUAUCUUCAGCACCAUUGCUUUUGUGCUUGGUGCAGUCACCUCUCUUGUUUCUGGUUUCCUUGGAAUGAAGAUUGCAACAUAUGCAAAUGCCAGGACAACUCUAGAGGCUAGGAAGGGUGUUGGAAAGGCAUUCAUUACUGCUUUCCGCUCUGGUGCUGUGAUGGGCUUCCUGCUUGCUGCUAGUGGCCUUUUUGUUCUUUAUAUUGCAAUCAACUUGUUUGGAAUUUAUUAUGGUGAUGACUGGGAGGGCCUUUAUGAGGCUAUCACUGGUUAUGGUCUUGGUGGUUCUUCUAUGGCUCUUUUUGGUCGUGUUGGUGGUGGGAUAUACACCAAAGCUGCUGAUGUUGGUGCUGAUCUUGUUGGGAAAGUCGAAAGGAAUAUCCCUGAAGAUGAUCCGAGAAACCCAGCUGUCAUUGCGGAUAAUGUUGGUGACAAUGUUGGAGAUAUUGCUGGAAUGGGGUCAGAUCUCUUUGGCUCCUAUGCUGAGUCUUCAUGCGCUGCGCUUGUCGUUGCUUCAAUCUCUUCUUUCGGGAUCAAUCAUGAAUUCACCCCUAUGUUGUACCCACUCCUCAUUAGCUCUGUGGGUAUCAUAGCUUGCUUGAUAACCACUCUUUUUGCAACCGAUUUCUUUGAGAUCAAGGCUGUAGAUGAAAUUGAGCCGGCUCUCAAGAAGCAGCUUAUAAUUUCCACUGCUGUGAUGACUGUUGGCAUUGCACUUGUCAGUUGGUUAGGGCUUCCAUAUACAUUCACAAUCUACAACUUUGGUGUGCAGAAGAUGGUGUAUAACUGGCAAUUAUUCCUAUGCGUGGCAGUUGGUCUGUGGGCAGGACUAGUUAUUGGAUUUGUUACGGAGUAUUACACGAGCAAUGCAUACAGUCCUGUACAGGAUGUUGCUGACUCCUGCAGAACUGGAGCUGCUACUAAUGUCAUCUUUGGCCUUGCUCUGGGAUAUAAAUCCGUCAUUAUCCCUAUUUUUGCUAUUGCUUUUAGUAUUUUCCUCAGCUUCAGCCUUGCCGCCAUGUACGGUGUUGCUGUGGCUGCUCUUGGAAUGCUCAGCACAAUCGCCACUGGCCUUGCCAUUGAUGCCUAUGGCCCUAUCAGUGACAAUGCUGGAGGAAUUGCUGAAAUGGCUGGCAUGAGCCACAGAAUCCGUGAGAGAACUGAUGCUCUUGAUGCUGCUGGAAACACUACUGCUGCCAUUGGGAAGGGUUUUGCAAUAGGUUCAGCAGCCUUGGUGUCUCUUGCCCUCUUUGGUGCUUUUGUCAGCCGUGCUGCAAUCUCGACUGUUGAUGUUCUGUCACCUAAAGUUUUCAUUGGACUGAUUGUUGGUGCCAUGCUUCCAUACUGGUUCUCAGCGAUGACAAUGAAGAGUGUUGGCAGCGCAGCACUCAAGAUGGUCGAGGAAGUCCGCAGGCAGUUCAACACCAUCCCUGGGAUUAUGGAGGGCACUACCAAGCCUGACUAUGCGAUGUGCGUCAAGAUAUCUACUGAUGCAUCUAUCAAGGAGAUGAUCCCCCCUGGCGCACUUGUCAUGCUCACACCUCUUAUUGUUGGGAUCUUGUUUGGUGUUGAAACCCUCUCUGGAGUUCUUGCUGGUGCUCUUGUUUCUGGUGUCCAGAUUGCCAUCUCUGCAUCCAACACUGGAGGUGCCUGGGACAACGCAAAGAAAUACAUUGAGGCUGGUGCAUCUGAGCAUGCAAGAACCUUGGGCCCGAAAGGUUCAGACCCACACAAGGCUGCUGUCAUCGGUGACACGAUCGGUGAUCCCCUCAAGGACACCUCAGGCCCCUCGCUGAACAUCCUCAUCAAGCUCAUGGCCGUCGAGUCCCUUGUCUUUGCCCCCUUCUUCGCCACCCAUGGAGGCAUCCUCUUCAAAUGGCUUUAG